AUGCGUCAGGAUGUGACAGUGGUACAGAAUCAGCGGGAACGCUAUCCCGGUGACCAGCAGGAAGCUCGAGAGAAAGCGGCCAAAGUCCACCACGUCGCUCGUGGCGCUCAGCUCGGCGUCGCCCAGGUACGAGGCGUACUCGGAGGCGUAGUACUUUGUGAUCAAUAUCGGGAGGUGUGCAAUGGCAAACACGAAAGCGUCCAGGAGAGGGAACCAGUUGCCGUAGAGCGCGCCGGCGAGCACGACCAGCAGAAAUCCAACGGCCAGCACGGACGACAGCCCGAUGAUCUUCGUGAGAGGAUAGAGUACGCCUUGGAGGCGAUUAAGCAGGGCUCUGCAGCCGUAGGGAUCACGUCCAAGAACCAUGUGGUCCUGGUGGCCCUGAAGCGGAACGCGGAGGAGCUGGGCUCGUACCAGAAGAAAAUCAUCAAAAUUGACAACCACAUGGGCAUAGCAUUGGCCGGCCUGGCGCCCGACGCGCGUGUGCUCUCGAACUUCCUGAGACAGCAGGCCAUGUCGUCGAAAAUGGUGUUCAACCGGCCGCUGAACGUGGCCAAGGCGGUGUACUCGAUCGCAGACAAGGCACAGGACAACACACAGUCGGCGGGCGGCCGUCCGUACGGCGUGGGGCUGCUGGUGGCCGGAAUCGACGAGAACGGCGCCCAUCUGUACGAGUUCCAGCCGUCGGGAAGCGUGCUGGAAUACGUGGGGGCGGCGAUUGGCGCGAGGUCCCAGGCCGCCAGAACGUUUCUGGAAAGGAAAUACGAGGAGUUCGCAGACGCCACCAAGGAACAGCUGGUAGAGUACGCGUUGACGGCCCUCAGAGACACGCUGUCGCAGGACAAGGAGCUCAACUCGCUGAACACGACGGUCGCCGUCGUCGGCAAGGACGAGCCCUUCACGAUCUACGAUGACGACGACGUGCAGCAGUGGCUCGACCGUCUGGAUAGCCUGUCCAACGCCAGAAAUAGAGACGAACCACAGCCAGAGCAGCACUCACAAGAACAAACCGAGCCGCCAGCAGAACAGCCAGCAGAACACACUGAGCAGGCCGACAGAAUGGAUACAGACGAGUAG